AUGCUAUGGGGCACUUUUGUUUCUAGUUUGUUCCAGUGUGCUCGCUGCCCUUGCUCGUGUCAGUUUCACCCGUUUCACCCCCAACUGCUUUUCGAGCUGGAGUCACCAGAGAGUAUCAGAAAGGACGCGGACCAGGGCGUCCAGGAGGAGGCUGGGGAUGUGAUUCGACCCGUAGGCAUACACUCUCUAAGCCCGCACCUGCUCCGGUACAUAUUCUCGUUCCUGGCUGUCCAGCAUUACGACUAUCUGAACCACCGUACACAUACUCUCUACCACAACCUCGGACCCCUGACGCUUGUCUGCAAGUCCUGGAACAACAUCGCAUCUCCCCUUCUUUGGCAGGAGCGCACCUUUCAUGGAUGGAAGGCAGGCGACGAGCUCAACAUCUUUUUGCAGCAGACCGAGAACGCUGACUUUUCCUCGACGCACGAGUAUGGCGAGUUUGUGAAGCGGAUCGAAAUCAUUGAUUCACACGACGUCGUCGACAAGCAGAACGGCCAGUUUGUCAUCAAUUGGAUUACGCCUGAUGUUGUUCUCGCCCUAUCCGAACACUGCAGCAAACGACUCCGGGACCUGACUUUGGUCUUUGCAACUGGACGCCAGGUCUCGACCGAAAACGAGGAGGGGCUCAUUCCCUGGGGUGCUCUAGCAGAAUCCUGUCGUCGGCUCUUCAUGGUAUCCCUCACCAACUACAUCUGCCCCAUCUUGCCAGUCGGGAACGGACACCCACUCCACAUGUUUGCAACAUACACCAACCCCCUGACGGAACUGGUUCUCAAGCGCUGCAAGAGCAUUCCAGAGGAGACGUUCCAGCAAUUGGCGCGGACAUGCGGAAAGGCCCUGACUAAGCUGGUGUUGCUUGACUCGGAUGCGUGUCUAGGAGCACCAGAGAUGAUCGAGUUUGCACGGCAUUGUCCAGACCUGCGUCAUCUGAAUGUCUCGUGGUUAGAGUCUGUACCGCCCAAGAUCAAUGAUGAGGUGGUGCUCGAGUUGACCUCGAACUGUCUGCGACUCGAGUACAUUUCACUGCUGGAUGCGAACGAGGUCUCGGACGUGUCGUUCCAGACACUUUCCAAGCUCCGGUACCUGCGGAACCUCAUCUUGCCACGUGCAGGAUCGGCUCAGAGUGGAAUGGCCUAUCGUCAGGAAUCGCUCAUUGCAUUGGCCAAGAGUUGCAAGCGUCUCGAACAACUGCAUCUGGUGGCGCCAGGAGCGACGACGAGCCGAUUCUUUGAGGCGCUGCUGUUCUGCCCGCACCUUCAGGUGCUCGUGAUUGCGGAGCUCUGCAAGGGUCUGUUGAUCGACCAGCGGUUCAAGACACUAGGACUGGCGAAAUAUGUCGACCCAGAGACAACGGAUGCAUACAAAUUGGUUUGGCACAAGAAGACUUAAGAACGGUUAACCAAGAGGCAUACAUUGAUGCGUACACAUACACACACGCCACCGAGAGCCAUAUUCUGGAUCGAUGGAGGAUUUAAGGACAGUUUCAAUUUCCAAGGAGUUCGCUGUGCGCUUCUCCCACUCUUUUGUCAGCAUUGAGUCAUGAAGGCAACUCUCUCGAGUAAUAAUAAUAAUAAAAAAAGUCCGAUACCGUGCAUGCAUCAUAUGGUUCUGUCUGCUAGACUAUUUGCACUUGUUGUCAGG